UCUUCAAUGUUCGUUUUUAAACAAAUCGUCGGUAUAAAAUAGCAAUAGUAAUGACAUUAUGUAAGCGACAAAAUAAUAAAUCUGGCUGUGACCCUUCUACUUAGCGAACUUUGGAGUUAUCGCCCUUUAUUUCUUACGGAAUACCGUUAGGCGAUCUUGGUUACACAUUAAAUCCAGAGGGCGACAAUGCGAUAGUACGAUGACGACAGUGCGACACUACGUUACGAUGGCGAUAGUACGUUGUCGACAAUGCGAUAAUACGAUUACGACAGUACGAAAACGCGAUAGUACGAUGGCGACAAUGCGAGAAUACGAUGACGACAGUGCGACAAUACCAUGGCGACAAUGAGAUAAUACGAUGGCGAUAUUGCGAUAAUACGAUGAUGACAGUGCGACAAUACGAUGGCGAUAAAAUGUCACCAAUAAAGCUAGUAACAUUCGAUGUUACAAACACAAUCAUUAAAAUACUCGGUGGAGUUGGACAUAAUUACGCAAAAGUCGCAAGUUUGUAUGGGAAAAACAUUGAUGCAUUGACCAUCGACAAGUCGUUCAGGGUUGUCUAUAAAAGAAAUGCUGAGAUGUACCCCAACUUUGGCGUCAACCAUGGACUUACAGCCUCAAAAUGGUGGGAUAAAGUCGUUACUGAAACAUUAACUGAAUCUGGAUCUGAUCAUGAAAAUCUGGACAAAAUUGCCAAACAUUUGUUUCUGCAUUUUUCUACUAACCAAGGAUGGGAGGUAGUUGAGGACGCUGUUGAGACUUUGUCCAAACUCAAGGCCGCCGGGAUGCAAUUAGGAGUUAUCUCAAAUUUUGAUGAACGGUUAGAGAAGAUACUUAUGCAGUUGGCACUACGGCACUUCUUUGAUUUUGUGAUUUGUUCUGCUACUGCCCGGUUUGCUAAACCAGAUGCGGGAAUAUUUCAUUUAGCAUUAGAGAAAGCUGGCGUAAAGGCGUGUGACGCUGUGCACAUCGGGGACCAUGUUGUUAAUGACUACAACGGAUCAAUGAAUGUUGGGAUUAACGGAAUUUUAUAUGCUUCGUCAAUAAAGAACAUUCCUGAAAAUAUUGACAAGUCCCAUAUUGUAUCCAGCUUGUUAGAUGUCAUCCCUAUCGUAACAGGGGUCCGAUAGCGGUUAACUCUCAAAUCGACGUGUGUCACAAUAGCGUCAACACACACAGACAUAAAUGCCUUCAUAACAAAACAAAAGGCAAAAGUUACUACCGGUACACUACUUUGCUCAAUUGUAAAAGGGCUGGUACCUAUUCAAUGCCAUGGUUACAUGCAUGUACCGAAGGCUGUAAACAUUGUUUAAGGUUAAUGUUAUGUAGCGUAUUUCUAAGUGUUUAGAUAAACUUGUAUUUUAGUCUCCUCUGUACAGUGUUCACUUCAAAAUAAAGUUGUAUACGUUUUCUUCAAUAAACACACCUAUUACAAAC